AAUAAAUUUGAGUCUGAACAUUUUCAAUUUGGGGCUCCGCCGACCAAAACGCAACCCUAAAAUCUCAAUCAUCUCAUCUCCACCACCCAAUCAGAAACCCACCCGAAAUCUUCCACCGCCAAUAUGCGAGGUGCUCGCCGACCAAAGCCAUCCAUGAACCCACGCCCUCCGCCGCCGUCAACUCCACUCGAACACUUCCGCCACCGCGACUCCGACGCCAGCUUCGCCAGCAGCCGCCCCUCCUCCCUCGGAAUCGGCGGCGGCGGCUCCAUCUCCAACAACGACCUCUACAAAGACCGCUCCUACCAGCAAUCCGCCCUCUCCGCCAUCAACUCGUAUCUCUCCUCUCACUCCGUCCAAGCCUUCCUCAAAUUCCCCAUCCCUCCCGGCCGUGAAAUCACGGAAACCCUCCGGUUCCUCGUCUCCCGCCUCGACUGGCCGUCGCCGAAGCUCGAGGACGACCUCCCUGUGAUCCUCAAAUCCCUAAAAUGCCCCUUCAAGCUCAACAAGUCCAUGAUCCGUAACCCUACCGUGAACUCGCACCAGUGGCCGAAUCUCCUCGCCGUCAUCCACUGGCUGUUCCAGCUCGUGCGCUACAACGACCACCUUGAUGAGAAUUCCGAGGCGUUUCUCGAUUCCAACCCGGUGGGGCAGUACACAUUGCAGAGCUACCUGCAUUACAUAAGGGGGCAGGACGACGAGGCCGAGGAGGUGGAUAGGGAGUUUGUUGGGAAGUUUGAGAGGCAGCGCGACGACGCGGAGGAGCAGGUGAAGGCGCUGAGGGAGCAUGCCGCGGAGCUGGAGAAGAAAGUGGAGGCGAUGAGGUCGGAUGCGUCGCCGGUGGAGGCGGUGGAGAGGGAGAGGAGCACGCUGGAGGAGGAUGUGGGGAAGUUUCAUCAGAUGAUUGAGAAUCUCGACAAGAAUGUGAAGAAGCUGCAGAAGGUGUUGGAGGAGAAGGAGGGGGCGUUGGCGGCCAAGAGGGAGGAGAAGAGGAGGAUUUUGGAGGAGAAUGAGGAGUUGAAGAAGAGAGUCGAGUCGCAGAGUUUUAAUGAGAGGGAUGUGGAGAGGAUGAGGAGGGAGUUGCAGGCUGUGGAGAGGGAUAUUGGGGAAGCGGAGCUAGCGAGGAAUGUGUGGGAGGAGAAGGUUUGGGAUUUGGAGAACACGCUCGGCCCCAAGGUUAAGGAGCUCGAGGCUUUGGCCAUGGAGUGCAACCAAGUCAUGAGGAGGUUGAAACUUUGUAAUGGCUUUCAGUAUGUGCUGAAUCCUAAGGGAUCUACAGCUGCUGAGGUGAUGGGGGUUGACUAUAAGUCAACUUUGAGGCCUGCACUUGACUCAUACUCCGAGAAAGUAAAGAAGGAUUUAAUGGAGACAUUGGAUGAGUUGAAUUUGCUUCAGCAUCAGUCAAGUGCACUUUCUGCUGAUAUUGAGGGAAAAAGAAAUGACAUAUCAACACUUCAGUCACGUCUUGAUGAAGUAGAAGCUCAACUGAGUUCGUUGCGAAAAGAGACACAGGACUACACUCAUAGAUGUGAAGAAGAAGUUAGAAAUAUGAUGGAUGAAGUUAAAAAGGAGGCUCAUGAGAUGAAUAAUGUGGAAAGAGAAGCAGCUGAGAUUCUGAAGACGUCCAAGUUGAAAUUGCAGGAAGUAACUAGACAAAGUGAAGAAGAGACUCAGAAGUGUGCUCGCAAACUCAUUACCAUAAUUGACUCAGUCUCAAAAUACAAAGAACAUGUGCAUACAAAGACUGCAGGAAUGAAGAAAGAUGUAUCAGAUACUGCAGCUAUGUUAUCAGACAUUCAUAAAAGUUCGUUGCAAUCCCAGUACAGUUUUCUGUUUGAUUCAAGCCAAGGCAAUGAAUUAACUCAAGCCACCAACGACAGUCAACUCCAGUAGGUUGGCAAACUUGUGGCCCUUAAUGAUCAUCUUUCGCCGGAUUUAGUGUGUGCUAAAUUAUG